AUGCCUUUAUGUUUGUUACUGCUGUAGCCAUGACGGCGAGCUCCAGUGGGGGAGGGGCGAUGGGGUGGUUCUUUCUACAGUGAGUGAUCGGCAUGUUUUUUGGUCAAUAAGAGAAGGAGCUAGUAAAAUAAGUCCUACGAUUGGUCCUUUCCAAUAUUUUCUGGCCAAUGGACAUCGGAAGAGGGGGGCGGGUCCACUGGGCCUUAUUUUCUUCUUCCUGCGGUCGGGCCUCACUAUUCUAGGCGAUCGGGCCCGGAGGGGCGAGACCCCUGCGUGAUUCCUGUCUGACCAAAGUGACUUCAAAAAGAAGGGAAAAUGGCUUCUGAAUCUGAAACUCUGAAUCCCAGUGCCCGAAUAAUGACCUUUUAUCCAACCAUGGAAGAGUUCCGGAACUUCAGUCGCUACAUUGCCUACAUUGAGUCUCAAGGAGCUCAUCGGGCUGGACUGGCCAAGGUUGUUCCUCCUAAAGACUGGAAGCCACGAGCAUCCUAUGAUGAUAUUGAUGAUCUUGUCAUUCCUGCACCCAUCCAGCAGCUGGUGACAGGGCAGUCUGGCCUCUUUACUCAGUAUAACAUUCAAAAGAAAGCCAUGACUGUUCGAGAGUUCCGCAAGAUUGCAAAUAGCGAUAAGUACUGUACCCCACGUUAUAGUGAGUUUGAAGAGCUUGAGCGUAAAUACUGGAAAAACCUCACAUUCAAUCCUCCAAUCUAUGGGGCAGAUGUGAAUGGUACUCUAUAUGAAAAGCAUGUCGAUGAGUGGAAUAUUGGCCGGCUGAAGACCAUUCUGGACUUGGUGGAAAAGGAGAGUGGGAUCACCAUUGAGGGUGUGAACACCCCGUACCUGUACUUUGGCAUGUGGAAGACAUCCUUUGCCUGGCAUACAGAAGACAUGGACCUGUACAGCAUCAACUACUUGCACUUCGGAGAGCCAAAGUCCUGGUACUCUGUUCCACCUGAGCAUGGAAAACGGCUGGAGCGCCUAGCCAAAGGCUUUUUCCCAGGAAGUGCUCAAAGCUGUGAGGCUUUUCUCCGCCAUAAGAUGACCCUGAUUUCCCCUUUAAUGCUGAAGAAAUAUGGCAUUCCCUUUGACAAGGUGACUCAAGAAGCUGGAGAAUUUAUGAUCACUUUCCCUUACGGUUACCAUGCUGGCUUUAACCAUGGCUUCAACUGUGCUGAGUCUACCAAUUUUGCUACCCGUCGGUGGAUUGAGUAUGGCAAACAAGCUGUGUUGUGCUCCUGCAGAAAGGAUAUGGUGAAGAUCUCCAUGGAUGUGUUUGUGAGGAGGUUCCAGCCAGAAAGGUACAAACUUUGGAAAGCUGGGAAGGACAGCACAGUUAUCGAUCACACUUUGCCCACCCCAGAAGCGGCCGAGUUUCUGAAGGAGAGUGAACUGCCCCCAAGAGCUGGGAGUGAGGAGGAGUGCCCAGAGGAGAACAUGGUCGAGGAUGGAGAGGAGGGAGACCUGAAGAGGAGCCUGGCCAAGCACCGUAUAGGGACAAAGAGGCACCGGGUUUGUCUUGAAAUACCACAGGAGGUGAGUCAGAGUGAGCUCUUCCCCAAGGAGGAGCUGAGUUCUGGACAGUUUGAGAUGACAGAGUGUCAGGCUGCUCUUGCCCCCAUGAGGCCCACCCACAGCUCUGUGCGACAAGUUGAGGAUGGCCUACCCUUUCCAGAUUACUCUGACUCCACUGAAGUCAAAUUUGAAGAGCUCAAAAAUGUCAAACUAGAAGAGGAAGAUGAUGAAGAGGAACAAGAGGCAGCUGCCCUGGAUCUUUCUGUGAAUCCUGUUUCUGUAGGGGAACGCCUUAUCUUCUCCAGUUCCCAAAAGAAGUCCUCUUCUAGCCUGGGCUCCAGUUCUUCUCGAGAUUCUGUUUCUUCUGAUUCAGAAACCAGUGAGCCUCUCUCUAGCCAAGCCCAAGGGCAAACAGGAGUUUUCACUGUGCACAGCUAUGCCAGAGGUGAUGGAAGAGUCACUGUGGGAGAGCAAGUCAUGAAGAAGAAAGGCAGCACCCCCAGAAGUAUCAGUGAGCAGGAGUUGGCAGAGGUUGCAGAUGAAUACAUAUUUUGCCUGGAUGAGAAUAAGAAAUCCAAGGGUCGCCGGCAGCCCUUAAGCAAGCUCCCCCGCCAUCAUCCACUUGUGUUACAGGAGUGUGUCAGUGACGAUGACUCAUCUGAACAGCUGACCCCUGAAGAAGAGGCUGAGGAGACAGAGGCUUGGGCCAAGCCCCUCAGUCAAUUAUGGCAGAAUCGACCCCCAAACUUUGAGGCUGAAAAGGAAUUCAAUGAGACCAUGGCCCAGCAGGCCCCACACUGUGCCGUCUGUAUGAUCUUCCAAACCUACCAUCAGGUCGAGUUUGGAGGCUUUAGUCAGAACUAUGGAAAUGUUUCAGAAUUAGCCACCCAGACACAGAGGACCAAGCCAUUGAUUCCAGAAAUGUGCUUCACCUCUACUGGCUGUAGCACAGACAUCAACCUUUCUACCCCUUACCUUGAGGAAGAUGGCACCAGCAUGCUCGUUUCCUGCAAGAAGUGCAGUGUCCGUGUCCAUGCCAGUUGCUAUGGGGUUCCCCCUACAAAGGCUUCUGAAGAGUGGAUGUGUUCUCGGUGUUCAGCCAAUGCCCUGGAGGAAGACUGCUGUUUAUGCUCAUUACGUGGAGGGGCCCUACAAAGAGCAAAUGAUGACAGGUGGGUCCAUGUAUCUUGUGCUGUGGCAAUUCUGGAAGCAAGAUUUGUCAACAUUGCAGAAAGAAGUCCAGUGGAUGUGAGCAAAAUUCCUCUGCCCCGCUUUAAACUGAAAUGUGUCUUCUGUAAGAAGCGAAGGAAAAGAAAUGCUGGCUGUUGUGUGCAGUGUUCUCAUGGCCGCUGUCCAACAGCUUUUCACGUGAGCUGUGCCCAGGCUGCUGGAGUGAUGAUGCAGCCUGACGACUGGCCUUUUGUAGUCUUUAUUACCUGCUUUCGGCACAAGAUUCCCAAUUUGGAGCGUGCCAAGGGGGCCCUCCAGAGUAUCACUGCAGGCCAGAAGGUCAUUAGCAAACAUAAGAAUGGGCGCUUCUACCAGUGUGAGGUGGUCAGACUCACCACUGAGACCUUCUAUGAAGUCAACUUUGAUGAUGGCUCCUUCAGUGACAAUCUUUAUCCAGAGGAUAUAGUGAGUCAAGACUGUCUCCAGUUGGGUCCUCCAGCUGAAGGGGAAGUGGUGCAGGUGAGAUGGACAGACGGCCAAGUCUAUGGAGCUAAGUUCGUGGCCUCCCACCCCAUCCAGAUGUACCAGGUGGAGUUUGAGGAUGGCUCACAGCUUGUGGUUAAGAGAGAUGACGUGUAUACGCUAGAUGAAGAGCUUCCCAAGAGAGUUAAAUCUAGACUGUCAGUAGCCUCAGACAUGCGCUUCAACGAGAUUUUCACAGAGAAAGAGGUUAAACAAGAAAAGAAACGGCAACGAGUCAUCAACUCAAGAUAUCGUGAAGAUUACAUUGAGCCUGCACUGUACCGGGCCAUCAUGGAGUAGAUGCUUUCAGGGUUCAAGAGGUUCCCAGCCAUCAAGGCGAGAGCACUCUGGGGUUCCACAGCACAGCAGACACUUGGAACUCAGCAGUCUCUAUAAGUGAAGUUGUAAAAAGAAAAGGAAUGAAAUACCCAGCUCCAUCACCUUCUCACCCAACCCUCAUCGCAUUCCACUGUAGUGAAAUGACAAGCUGUUUUGGACACUUGGCAGCAGCCACUGAUCUCCCAGUUAAGGGGCUGACACUGGAAUGCUGUGACUAUAUCGGCCCCCAGUCCAAAAAGGGGUCAACUGUGCCAGCUGUUCUGGCCUAGGACUUAGCUUCCUAUCAAUCACCUGUACCAACUAAGCAAGGUGCUGGUGUUUGACCCAACUCCACUUUUGUAUUUAUGUGUGUAUGCGUGCGUGUGUGCGUGCGCGCGUGUGUGUGUGUGUGUGUGCGCGCAUGUGUAUGUUUGGUCUGGACCAGCUUCUGACAGCCCCUGGCCUUUACUAUCUUCCUUGCCUAUGCAGGGCAAACAAAAUGUGAAAUUCUACCCUCAGCUGAGCUGAGUAAGGGUCUCUAGGGGUUUGCUGGGUGUGCCAUCUGUCCAGGCCUGGAACCAUCUCAAGAGAGUGUUGGCAAAGCUGCAGUAUUGAGAUGCUGAGGAACUGAUGCCGCUUCUUCUUCCUCCCUUUGAAGGAGAACACAGGGGUGACAUGGUGUGUGUGUGCCCACAUAUACUCUAGGCACAGAGCUCCUGUGGCACAGUAUUAGAGGGUAGGUGGGGAAUACCUGUGAAGAGGGGAUUUUAAUGAUGGAAGCAGGCAGAGCCUGGUGGGUGAUUCUGUGAACAGAAAAUUGCAAUCAUGC